GUUCCUGCUAGUGAUGGUCUGCGGUGAACGAGGGCCGGAUUUACCCCUCUCUUUCUCUCUCUUGUUUUGUUUUCCUCAAUUGAUGCGAGAAUGGAGUUCGAAUUGCAAUAAACUGUGGAGGUUGGUAGUCUGCAAAGAAUCUUCGUCAAGAAGAUGAAUACUCGUACAAUCUUCUUUUAUUUUUUGGCAGUAUCUGAUUCUAACGCAUGCCGUCUACGUUGCCUCAUUCUGGUUGAAGCGUCAUUAAGGCGCUUAAUGGCUGCCCAGUUUGCCGUAUAACUUACCCUUUUUGGGGGGAGAGAGAGCGAGAGAGUGCUUUCGGUGCUGCGGUUAAACCCGGGUUAAGAAUAGCAAAGUAUUUCUUUUCUCUCUUUGAGUUUUUGAGGGGCGGUUGUCUCAGAUCUGAGGACGCCACGACGACCUUCCCCCACUCCCUCCUUCCCCUUAUAACAACAAUGGGGUGGGAGGACGGCCGAGAGGGAGUUGUAUGCGUGUGUGUGAUGCCAGCCAGGCUAGAUUUAGUACUCUCCCACGCGGAUUGAAUUGAAUUGCUUCUCCCCCUCUCUACAUUUUCUUCUCUCUGUCUCUCUCUCCCCCCCACCCUGUGCUUUAGUGGGAAAUCCCAUGCGAUCUCUUUAAUGCUGAAGAAGAUGAAAGGAAUUGGGUGCUUCUAUAACAUUGUGACUCGGAGCACAUGUUUUGCCUCCUUGCAUAACGGGCACAGUGAUUAGUUCGUGAAGGAAAGAUUACAAUGUGCUUGUAAUUAGAGCUUCCUCCCCUGUGGUCUUCGGGGGGAAAUUUGUGCAGAAGAAAAGUUUGGUCUUGUUCCGUUUCGUGCAUUUUAUUGAGAUGGGUUGCUUUCUUUGCGUUAGUAGUCGGUCAAGAGCAGUGAACAGGAUCGAGGAAGAGGAUACGACGGCCUCCAAUUCAAGAUCUGGUUUUCACAUUGAGACCCCUGAAACAGGCAGACGAGCGAACUCCUUUAGUAGGAACAGAAGGGGUAGCUCCGAUGGGCCAAAUGACGGUCGAAUAUCCGCUCAUAGCUUCAGUUUCCGCGAGCUCGCAACUGCAACAAGGAAUUUCAAGCCUACAAAUUUGAUCGGAGAAGGUGGUUUUGGACGGGUUUACAAGGGUCGUUUGGAGAGUACAGACCAAAUUGUUGCUGUCAAGCAGCUUGAUCGAAGUGGGCUCCAGGGGAACCGUGAGUUCCUUGUGGAGGUGCUCAUGUUAAGCCUUUUGCACCAUUCCAAUCUUGUUAACCUGAUUGGAUACUGCGCAGAUGGUGAUCAGAGGCUUUUGGUGUAUGAAUACAUGUCAAUGGGCAGCUUGGAAGACCAUCUGUUUGAUGUCCAACCUGGAAGAAGACCUCUUGAGUGGAAUACUCGUAUGAAGAUUGCAGUUGGUGCAGCUAGAGGUCUAGAGUAUUUGCAUGACAAAGCAAAUCCACCUGUUAUUUAUCGAGAUCUAAAGUCUGCAAACAUAUUGCUGGAUGAUGACUUCAAUCCGAAGCUCUCCGAUUUUGGUCUUGCUAAACUUGGCCCUGUUGGGGGCAAAACGCACGUUUCAACAAGGGUUAUGGGCACAUACGGAUAUUGUGCACCUGAAUAUGCUAUGACGGGUCAGCUCACUUUAAAAUCAGACGUUUAUAGUUUUGGUGUCGUUUUACUAGAACUGAUCACGGGGAGAAAAGCUAUUGAUACUCUCAAGCCAAAAGGAGAGCAGUAUCUAGUUUCUUGGUCACGACCCUUUUUAAAGGACCGGAGAAGAUUCAAUCAACUAGCUGAUCCAUUGCUUCAUGGUCGUUACCCUCUUCGUAGUCUGCAACAUGCAAUUGCUAUUUCUGCAAUGUGUCUUCAAGAGCAGGCCAACACUCGCCCGUUAAUAGGAGACAUUGUCACUGCUCUUGAAUAUCUGGCUUCUCAACCCUAUGUUCCAGGGAAGGAUCCCAGUGACGAAGCAAGAUGCUCUCCGCUAUUAUCACCUGCGCGAUCUGCUGCCUCCAAGUUUACAGAAACAUGUGAAAUCCGUGGAAGUAGCAGCCCUGGAGGAGGUUAUAUAUCAAUAUAGAAUUAGGAGUCGCUUUUUCUUAUACUAGAUCAGUAUCUCGGUGGAGAUUUGUCAUGUGAUGGAAGGCCUUCUACGGUUUUAGUCUGAUGAUGGGUGGCAGGAGAAGCUUGCUGAAUCUUUCUCUUUUAUGUUCAUCAUAUAAAGAACUUCAGGACUUGAAAGUUGAAAGGUUAUGUGAUGGCGACGGUAGCAUGUCCAUGGUUUGAUUAGUUGGUCCUGAGAAUAGUGAAUUUCAUUGUUGUUCUUAAAAGAUGGAAUCGUGGAAAGGAAAGAACUAGUAUGCAAGUGAACUCCUUUUUGGAACCAUGUAAGUGUACCUCCUGGUCCCCUCGACUCUAAGUGGAGGGAAUUUUGCUUAGCAUUGUGCAAUUUGCAAGUAUCAUACUGGCUUUUGGACAUACUGAAAGCUCUUGUCGAUUGUGUCUUUCACUGUUUUCUCCUCCACAUGUCAUGUAACUGUUCUAUCAGUGAAAGUAGAACACCAUAUAUAUUUGGUCUAAGGUAUAGAGGAGGUUUGUACAGUGACCUUAUGGUCAUACUACAACUCAGUCUGGAUAUCGAGUUUGCUGCCAACUCAAACAUGUCUCAAUGACUGGAGCAUACGACAAUUAAGGCAAAGAGUGUCAAUGAUUUGCUUCCU